CACUGCUCAGUAGUGCUGACUGCACUCACUCCUAUGAACGCGCAACUUCUCCGUUUUUCUCAUCGUGCUCCCAUCUUUCUCCCGCUAAUCUCGCCACUUUCUCUCUCCUCUCUCUCAAUCUAAACUAACCCCCCCUUUUUAGUACUACUGUCCUAACCCAAAAACAUCUCUUCGUAAUCAUGUCUCUCCUAAUCAUCAUUUUCUCUCUCCUCAUUUUCUCUCCUCUUUCUCUCUCCACUCCCUUCAACAUUUCAUACCACAUAGACUGCGGCGGCUCCAACACCUUCGUCGACCACUUCAAGACUACAUGGAUUUCUGACCGUUUCUUCACCGGUGGCGCAACCUCUGUAGUCUCCGAACCUCUGCAUUUCUCCGUACAACAAGAGAAGACUAUUCGAUUCUUCCCUCCGACAACCUCGGGUCCUAAGAACUGCUAUAUUAUCCCUACUUCCGCCAAUGGUGGUCGGUAUCUGUUCCGUACAUUUACCGUGUACGAUAAUUACGACGGUAAAAAACAUCCGCCGAGUUUUGAAGUAUCCGUUGAAGGUACUGUUGUUUUCAGUUACCAUUCACCGUGGCCGGAAACUGUUUCAACCGACGGGUCUUACUCUGAUCUGAUUGCUUUCGUCGAUGAUGGCCAAGCCGAUGUUUGUUUUUACUCAAUUGCCACUGAUUCUCCCCUAAUUGGAACCCUAGAAGUUAUCGAAAUUGAUCCGGCGUCGUAUGAUUCGUCGAAUUUAGGGAAUAAUUCUUUGUUGGUUAAUUAUGGGAGGUUGAGUUGUGGGGACGAUCAGUGGGGGCCAGGGCUUAGUAAUGAUACUGAUUUUGUUGGGCGGGCGUGGGAGUCGGAUGCUGAUUAUCGGUCUAAGAAGAUUAAGGGUGGUGUUCAGGUGAUUUCGACUACGAGGGCGGUUCGUGGGGCGAACCAGAAGCCGAAUUAUUUUCCUAUGAGGGUGUAUCAGACUGCUGUGACUGUUGGUUCUUUAGGGGUUUUGGAGUAUGAGUUGAAUGUGGAUGCUAAGCUUGAUUAUUUAUUGUGGUUUCAUUUUGCUGAGAUUGAUAGUAAGGUUACUAAGGCUGGCCAAAGGGUGUUUGAUGUGUUGGUGAACGGGGUUAAUGUGAAUCGAAUCGAUGUUUUUAAGUCGGUUGGAGGGUUUAAGGCUCAUGAUUGGCAUUAUGUUGCCAAGAAUUUGAGCAGUACAUUGUUGACUGUUGAGUUGAGUCCUGUUGUUGGUGAGCCUAUUCUCUGUGGGUUGGAGAAUUAUGCCAUUGUACCUAAUGAUCUUGCUACUGUUCCUGAUCAAGUUGUGGCUAUGAGGGCGUUGAAGCACUCACUUCGAGUUCCAGAUAGAAUGGGAUGGAAUGGUGAUCCAUGUGCUCCUACUACCUGGGAUGCGUGGGAAGGAGUUACUUGUCGUACUAACAAAGACGGGAAUGGCCUUGUUAUAUCUCAAAUUGACCUUGGGAGCCAGGGUUUGAAAGGAUUUAUUAGUGAUCAGAUCAGUCUCUUGGUGAACUUGGCUGUCUUGAAUCUGAGUUCUAAUUCCUUGACAGGCUCUUUGCCAGACGGCCUUGGUCAACAAUCUCUUGUAAAACUGGAUUUGUCAAAUAACGAGUUUACAGGAGCUAUUCCUGAUAGUCUUGCUUCAUCAAGAAACCUGCAGCUUGUGCUGUUGAAUGAUAAUAAACUGGAAGGGCGAGUGCCAGAGCAGAUUUACUCAGUGGGUGUCCAUGGUGGAGCGAUCGAUCUCUCCACAAACAAGGGUCUGUGUGGUGUUCCUUCUUUGCCAGAAUGUCCUUUCUUAUGGAGCAAUGGUCGGUUGUCCAGUGGUGGUAAAAUUGCAAUAGGCAUAACUUGCUUGGUGGUUGUUUGUGUUGUGCUGCUGGUGAUAUACAUCUGCGUCAGACGCAAGAGGAAUGACUAUGACUUCGGUCUACCACAUGAGUUAAUGUCAAUGGCUGCAAAGAGAAACCGCUAUCAUAGACAGAAGUCAUUGAUGCACCUUGAAAUGGAAAGCCAGCAUGCCAAAGGGUUAAUACCGAUAGUGAAACCUCAAUAGCAUGAAACAUCUAGGAGCGGAACAAGUUUUUGCAGCUAUACUAUAUGUUGGAUAACCAAUAGCUCAUUGUAAAGGGUCUUACAAAAACUGUCGAGAUAUAAUUGAUGAGAGAGGAGUAAGAUCGAGAUUUUGACAGGUUUGCUUCUUCCAACAAUUUGUUGCGAACUGUGGUCACCAAACAAUGAUUUUGCAGAGAUAUACAGUGCAUCGUGUAUAUAUUCUUCGAAGAUGGCAGAAAGGUGAACACCCUUGAAAUCUGUUAGGAUUAUACCCCAAGCAAAGGGGCAUUUGUUUUACGUGUGACAUUGACAUCCACCUCUUCGAUGGCCAUACCGACUAGUCAUUGAUCUAAUUCUGCUGAUCAUCAUCUUAGCAAUGUAAUCUUAUUUUUCUUCUUUUUUUUUUCUCACUUUUGUGCAUUCAUAGUAUCAGUCAUAAACUUGUAUUUAUUUGGUUCACUCUGAUCCUCAGUGGCUUUUUUAAUUCUAUAUGGAAUUUAUGUAAAGUUUUUUUUUAGGCUAUCUCAUCGGUGAAGCAUACUGAGAAGAUAAUAUUAUGAAUUUUACAUUCUUUUGGGUACAUUCAUACAAUGUAAGAGCUCUGUAACCUUGAAUGCAUUCUUUGUUGUAUGGAUAUGAUCUAGCUCUAUACCAAAGGGUUAAAUUUUCUUU